UUUGAGCAAGACAAUGACCAGUAUGUUACUUCCCCUCAUCUGCAGUGUGCUGAUAAGUCACGUGAUGGCCGAAACCCGCUGCAGACAGACCUGUCAGACUUUGACCGUGAAGGAAGGAACAGAAAGUACCGGAGCUAUAGCACUGAUCAACCCCAUUACCGCUGAUUGUGACACUGCAGAGAUCGUAGUAUGCGGGGCAAAUGAGCAUUGUUACAAUACUCGUAGGGAUUUCAGAGCUGUGACAGUGGACGAAUCUAUGUUAGACGAUGAAAGUAUAUUCAAUGAAAUAGGCUGUCAGGAAGAAGUAACGGUAAUGACCUGCGAAAUGUGGGAACAAGUGUACCCCAUGGAUAUGGGAACUAUCGCAAUUCAAAUGGACGCGUGUGCCAUUUACAAAAACGAAGAUAUUCCUCAAUCGGUUGUAAAGCUACCAGAACCUACACAAGCUCCUAAACCAAUCACAGAACCUAAAGCAGAACCUGAAACUGAAACUGAAACUGAGACUGAGACUGAAACUGAAACUGAACCUGAAACUGAAACCGAAACUGAAACUGAACCUGAAACUGAGCCAGCAGAACCUAUCAAGUGUAAUGUAUGUAUGGACGUAGUGUCGGUUGAUGCUGAAGGGGUUGAGGCUCCAGUAGCUGAAGACGGGAUUGCUUCCUGUUCAGAUUCAAGUGUUGUGACUUGUCCGGCUGAAGUAACUGAAUGUGCUUCAGUCACCUUAACAUAUGCUGAUGCAGAUGGACUCAACUACAGAAGAACUCACAAACUUUGCCAAGAAGCAACCUUGACUUGCGACACACUGGGAGCUUCUCUUGAGGGCUACUCAGUUACCGACUGUGAUGUGGCGAGCACUCCAGUUGUCGUGGAAUCACGUGAUAAUAAUACUGAAGGAGAAGUUGACGAAAACUACAUCGUUGAUGAGAACGAAAUUGAAGAGGGUGCAGUGGAAGGAAGCUCAGCUGUAACCAUAAAUCUAUCACCUAUCUUCUUUUUAAUUACAUUCACACAGCUCUGGUAGAAUAGCUUUAUUGUGAUAUCUAGUGAAAAUCUAGCGGAUUGAAAGCUUACCUACAUUGCAUGCGGAGGCUCCUGCAGUAAAUAGAGUGACCAGUGGUUGAACCACCUGAUAAUAGAGCUAAGAAGACGAUAGGUGAUAUAACGUGAAGCACUGUGUGAACCAGUGAUAUUACGGAUUCUGAAGCACGGGAAUUAAGAUGUUCGAUACAAUGUAGGAAGUUCGAGUUGUACUCGUUGUCGAUGUUUUCGGGUGCAUUUAUUGUUUUAAUUUGUGCACAUAUUUUCCAGUACUUUUCUUGUGUUAAGUAUUUUAAAUCUUUAUUAAACAUUGAUAAAAUAUUGCAUCGGGGUGUGCGUAGUAUGUUACAUAUGUUACAUAUGUAACAUUGUUACAUUGACAAUUUUGUGUUAUCUUUGGUAACAUUUGUGAAUGUGAUUCUUUUGUAGAGACAUUUCGUGCAGAAAGUCGUAACUAUAUAAUAUACUUAAUACUUAUUAAUAUUAGCUUAACUUAUAACAGACUUAUCAAACUAAAAAUAUCACGAACCUUACUCAACACUCAACAGUUUUACCUUUUUAACAAUUUUAUAACUCUAAUUAUAAGUAGAUCUGAAUAUUAAUGAUUAUGAUUUAGAACUGAAAAAUUAAAAUUGAAGACCUGAUUUCCUUGUUUCUACUUGCUAAAUGUUAUAAUAUGACGAUCUUGAUCAAUAUUAAACCAUCAAUUACUACAAAUCAUUUUCAUGAUCAUGAUAUUGUUAAAAUCAAUUUGACUAAACGCUUACCUCACUGACUGUUGAGGUUAAAAGGCAAAUUUAUUGAUCGUUUGUGUAUUUUUUGGUAAUUUUAUAUUUAUCGAAUGUCAUUUAUUCUUUUACAUUGGAUUCUGAAAACAAA